UGUACCAUGUGCAAAAAUGCUGUUCAGUCUGAAGGUGAUUUUCUUCCUAUCCUUGCUUCUCUUGCCAGUGUUGAAAAGCUCAUGGGUAACUUUAAGUAACAAUGGAUAUGAUGGCAUUGUCAUUGCAAUUAAUCCCAGUGUACCAGAAGAUGAAAAACUCAUUCAAAACAUAAAGGCAAUGGUAACUGAAGCUUCUACUUACCUGUUUUAUGCCACCAAACGAAGAGCUUAUUUCAGGAAUGUAAGCAUUUUAAUUCCAAUGACCUGGAAAUCAAAACCUGAGUACUUAAUGCCAAAACAAGAAUCAUAUGACCAGGCAGAUGUCAUAGUUGCUGAUCCUUACUUGAAAUACGGAGACGACCCCUAUACACUUCAAUAUGGACAAUGUGGAGAAAAAGGACAAUAUAUACAUUUUACUCCAAACUUCUUGUUGACUAAUAAUUUGCCUAUCUAUGGGCCUCGAGGCAGAGUAUUUGUCCAUGAGUGGGCCCAUCUCCGGUGGGGAAUAUUUGAUGAGUAUAAUGAGGACCGGCCAUUCUAUAUUUCCAGAAGAAACACUAUUGAAGCAACAAGAUGUUCCACUCACAUUACUGGUACUAACGUCGUUCGGAACUGCAAGAAGGACAGCUGCAUAACACGACAAUGCAGAUAUGACUCAAAGACGGGGCUGUAUGAAGCAAAAUGUACAUUUAUCCCAAACAGAUCCCAGACAGCCAAGGAAUCCAUUAUGUUUAUGCAAAAUCUUGAGUCUGUGGCUGAAUUUUGUACUGAAGAAACACACAAUACAGAGGCUCCAAACCUACAGAACAAAAUGUGCAAUCACAAAAGCACAUGGAAUAUAAUCAUGCACUCUGAAGAUUUUCAGCAUUUAUCUCCCAUGACAGAAAUAAAUUCACCACCUCAUCCUACAUUUUCAUUGCUCAAGUCCAAACAGCGAGUAGUCUGUUUGGUACUUGAUAAAUCCGGAAGCAUGGCUGCAGAAGACCGUCUCUUUCGAAUGAAUCAAGCAGCAGAACUGUACUUGAUUCAAAUUAUUGAAAAAGGAUCCUUGGUUGGGAUGGUCACAUUUGACAGUUAUGCUCAAAUCCAAAAUAAUCUCAUAAAAAUAACUGAAGAUAACACUUACCAAAAGAUCACUGCAAACCUGCCUCAAGAAGCUAGUGGUGGCACUUCAAUUUGCAAUGGACUUAAAGCAGGAUUUCAGGCAAUUUCUCAGAGUAACCAGAGUACCUUGGGUUCUGAAAUCAUAUUACUAACAGAUGGGGAAGAUAAUCAAAUAAGCUUAUGCUUUGAAGAAGUAAGACAGAGUGGUGCAAUCAUCCAUACCAUUGCUCUGGGACCAUCUGCUGAGAAAGAACUGGAGACCCUGUCAAAUAUGACAAGAGGACAUCGUUUUUAUGCCCAUAAUGACAUAAAUGGCCUUAUUGAUGCUUUCAGCAGAAUUUCAUCUAGAAGUGGCAGCAUCUUUCAACAGGCUCUUCAGUUGGAAAGUAAAACUUUGAAUAUCUCAGAGAAGAAAUGGGUAAAUGGUACAGUGCCUGUGGAUAGUACAGUUGGAAAUGAUACUUUCUUUGUUGUCACAUGGACAAUACAAAAGCCAGAAAUAAUUCUUCAAAGCCCAAAAGGAAAAAAAUAUACUACCUCGGAUUUCCAAGAAGAUAAACUAAAUAUACGGUCUGCUCGUCUUCGAAUACCAGGUAUUGCAGAGACAGGCACUUGGACUUACAGCCUUCGAAAUAAUCAUGCCCAAUCUCAGUUGCUAACUGUCACAGUGACCACUCGAGCAAGAAGCCCUACCACACUCCCAGUAAUUGCAACUGCUCACAUGAAUCGAAAUACAGCUCAUUACCCUAGCCCAAUGAUUGUUUACGCACGAGUCAGUCAAGGGUUUCUGCCUGUUCUGGGAAUCAAUGUAACAGCUAUUAUAGAAAAUGAAGAUGGACAUCAAGUAACAUUGGAGCUCUGGGACAAUGGUGCAGGUGCUGACACUGUCAAGAAUGAUGGCAUCUACUCAAGAUAUUUUACAGAUUACCAUGGAAAUGGUAGACACAGUUUAAAAGUGCAUGCCCAGGCAAGAAAAAACACAGCAAGGCUAAGUUUAAGACAACAACAGAAUAAAGCUCUGUACAUACCUGGCUAUGUUGAAAAUGGAAAAAUUAUACUGAACUCACCCAAACCUGAAGUCAAAGAUGAUGUGGCAGAAGCUCAAAUAGACGACUUCAGCAGACUCACCUCUGGAGAGUCAUUUACUGUAUCAGGAGUACCUCCUAACAGUAAUCCUUCUCAGGUGUUCCCACCUGGUAAAAUUGUAGACCUCGAGGCUAAGUUUCAAGGAGAUCGUAUUCAACUUUCAUGGACUGCCCCUGGCAAGGUCCUCGAUAAAGGAAGAGCUGACAGCUACAUCAUAAGAAUAAGUAAAUCUUUCCGGAACCUCCAAGAAGAUUUUGAUAAAGCUACUUUAAUAAAUACUUCCGGUCUGAUACCUAAGGAGGCUGGCUCAGUAGAAAAUUUUGAAUUUAAACCAGAACGUUCUAAAACAGAGAAUGGCACCACAUUCUAUAUUGCAAUUCAAGCCACCCGUGAAACUAGUCUAACCUCAGAGGUUUCAAACAUUGCACAAGCAACUAAAUUUAUUCCUCCACCAGAGCCUAGCAUUCCUGAUCUGGGUACCAAUAUUUCUGCAAUCGGUUUGGUAGUUUUUGGAUUAGCUGUGAUUUCAUAUAUAUUUUAAACUAGAAAUUCUAUUACAACUCAAAUUCAAUGUUAUGCAAACUUAAUAAAUAUUUAUUUAGAAUUUACUUAUUGUCUAUUAUAAAGCUCAUUAUAAUAUAAAGUGAAUGUAUAAAAGUUGUAAGUUUUCUUAUUACUUGAUUAACACUACUUAAGUUGUUAAAUAUUAAUCAAAAUGAGUAUACCAUUUCCUAUCUUUGAAUAAUCCAUUCAUUAAUUUUUAAUAUGGAAAGAUAUAUAUUUGUACUUGUAAGCAUUUUAAGAAACACGUUUAGAGUGUGCUACAAAUUAAUUUGGUAUACUAACAUCAAAAUAUAUCUAAGCCAUUUGAAAAAAUUUAUAUAUACAUAAUAGCAAAUGAUUUUACAGAUUUAUUUGCAUCGCAUUUUUUAUUAUGAAUACUUUAUGUUUACAUAAGCUGUAAUCAAAAAGGACUAGUAGUAGUAAGGAAGUCAAAUUUGUUUUUUAAUCAUUGAUUAUAAGUACUGUAUUUGUUUUUUAUCAUUGAUUAAAAGGAAUUUUAGCCUAGGCAUGAAAGGACUAGCAAAAGUCAUUUCCUGUGUGAACUGUGGAACAUCACAAUAAAGUUAUUUCUAUUCUGAUGCCAUCA